UCAUUUUCCGCUGCUGGCUACACGUUCACUUGCUCGCUCUUGGGCCGCGCGAAGGCGUUUGGUGUCUGGAUACGCUGUCCGGCUUGGCUUGGCGCGGCACGAUGCUGAUCGCGCGGAUCGAGCGGUGAUAAUGAGAAAAAUCGAACCGGGCGAAUAAAUGGCCGGGAUGUAGCGAACGACGGAGAGGGCGUGGCAAAGACGAUUCACGUGGAUCCGGAUCCCGGAUCGAGGGAUCGAGUAUUCGGUGAACGGAUACGCUUGUCCUUCGACGGUUCCUCUGGUUCCUGGUUCGAAGACACCGUCCGCGCGGCUCGCUUGUCCCCUCCGCCAUGUAUAUAAGUCAAAACCAGAUCGGAAGCAAGGUGCACAAACAGAACAGUCCUUCGUUGAGCAAGGAGGUUCCUGGGAAUACACGAUUCACAAGAUGCAGGCACUGAUUCUCUUUAUCGUAGGCUUGGGCCUAGUCUCGGGCACGCAGUUCAAGCUGCUGCCGUACGUCUAUCUGUCCAACCCGCUUUCGGUGUACCAACAGUAUCAGAACACGAGGACAGGGGAGCACGCGUACAGUUAUGCGGGCGGCCCCUCCGCCAAGGAGGAGAUCAAAGAUGCCGCCGGCGUGACCCGAGGCUCGUACAGCUACGUGGACGCAAACGGUAUCCUUCAGUCCGUUUUCUACGUCGCAGACGACAACGGUUUCCGCGUGGCCGCGACGGACCUGCCCACGGAUGACAACGUGAGCCUCGAACCGGCGACACACGUGCUGCUGGCCAGAAGCGUGAAACCAUCGGAGCAACAACAGCCGAAGCUAAACCGCAGAAGGCGUAGCUUAGACGCCAGUGAGAAUCAGAGCGAGUCGAAACAGAAGGUCGAAGCAGCCGCCAGCGUGAAAACGGUUCUAGCGCCGGAGGCGACCCUGAUCCAAGGUCUCCCGUACUCGACGUCUCAUCAGAGUCAGGUGCAAAUCCACAGAGGCGUCCAGCUGGAGCCGGCGAGACCAUUGCUGAAGAUCGAUGCGCAGUCGCUCUAUCAGCCGCUGAUCCUGUCCAGCGACAUUCCUCUGGCGACCUCUCAUCAGAGUCAAGUUCAAAUCCACAACAGCGCGAACGUCAAGCUGUCGGCUGGCGAGGACAAGGCCAAGCAAUCGAUCGAUUACAUCCUCCCAGCAGCGUCGUCCGCGUUACCGUUGUUGACCCCGGUCGUCAAUUAUCACGAGAACCGAAUUGAGCUUCAUAAGCAGUUGGGUAUCGAGGGACCUCAGUUGAAGGAUGCAGUGAAGCUGAACUCUGAGCCGCUAGCCCUAGUCCAAUCGCCGGCCGCGUCCGUUUCGAUUGCCCCAGUUUUAACGAAGGAGGCCGUUCUGCCAACUGUGAUCGCGCAGGAGACCUUGACCCCAGCUACAGCUUCCGUGACCACGUCCAUAUCCAGCCAUGGCAUCAGCCAGAUUCAUCCCUCGACAAAGGUCGUUCAGCAGCCUUUAGCUGUUCCAACAUUGAUAGCUAAGGAAGCUGUGCCAGUGGCUGUCCAGGAAACUGUUCCGGUAGCUAAGCUUGCUUCCCCCACCGUAACCACCUCGAUCACUAGUCACGGAGUCAGCCAAGUUCAUGGGGACUUGAAGCUGAACAUUGAACCGACGCUGCUGAUAAAAACCGCGCCUCUUGCGCAGCUUCAUCCCAUUGUCGACCUGCCUCUAUACCUUCAUUAAGGUUUGAUUAGUUGAAUGUAACUGGCUGGCAUGAGACGGACGCGUUAUUCCUUGGGAAAUGAGACGACACAUCAGACAGGCUGCAAUGAUGACGACCUUUUGCGAUCUUUCGCCGAACAGAUUCCGGGAAAGGACAGGGUUUUCGAUAGAGACUCAGGAAAAACGUUGUUUUUUCCUCGUGCGAGGUAGCUCUCUUCGGGAUUGGUCGCCUGCAUUACGAACGGACGGCGAGAGUGUCGACGGAUGAUUGAUCGAGGAUAGAUUCGUCCGGCUGAUAGCUCGCUCCCCUAUUCGGGAAUGUUAUUUCUUUCUUCAUCGCCUCUUCAUUUUCAGCA